CUAGAACAUUCCACAGCAUUCUCAAACAAUCGAACCAUACUUCGAACACCUCCCUGAAAUGCCACCAUACCCAUAAACCCACACGGAAACCAAGCGCUCUGAAUCCCCCCACCGCAGGAAAAACAGAGGAAGAAGAAAGAAAGAAAGAAAGAGAAAGACAAACCGAAGAAGAGAAAGAGAGAAGAACAUCAACCGCCACCGAACAUGGGCGUGGACUAUUACAAGGUCUUGCAGGUUGAUAAAAAUGCCACCGAAGAUGACCUCAAGAAAGCUUACAGAAAGCUCGCCAUGAAAUGGCACCCCGACAAGAACCCCAACAACAAAAAAGAAGCUGAAGCCAAGUUCAAGCAAAUCUCCGAAGCAUAUGAUGUGCUGAGUGAUCCUCAGAAGAGAGCAAUCUAUGACCAAUAUGGGGAAGAAGGUUUGAAGGGUCAGGUUCCACCACCUGAUGCUGGUUCUGGUGGCGGUGGAUCCACCUUCUUUUCCACCGGUGACAUGCCGGGGUCGUUUCGGUUCAAUCCUCGAAACGCCGAUGACAUUUUUGCUGAGUUUUUUGGGUUUUCAAGCCCCUUUGGUGGCAUGGGAAGGAGCAGUGGCGGUGGCAUGAGAUCAAGGUUCCCUAAUGGGAUGUUUGGUGAUGACAUGUUUGCAUCUUUUGGUGAAGGAGGUGGUGGAGCAGGGGUGCACAUGAGUCAAGGUGGUCCACGCAAGGCUCCCCCUAUUGAGAACAAGCUUCCCUGCACCCUUGAGGAGAUAUAUAAAGGCACCACUAAGAAGAUGAAGAUCUCCAGGGAAAUUAUUGAUGCUAGUGGCAAAACCAUGCCAGUGGAGGAGAUCUUGACAAUUAAUGUCAAGCCUGGUUGGAAGAAGGGAACAAAGAUCACCUUCCCGGAGAAAGGAAACGAACAACCAAAUGUAACGCCUGCAGACCUUGUUUUCAUUAUCGAUGAGAAACCACACAGCGUCUUCACUCGUGAAGGAAAUGAUCUGAUCACAACUCAGAAGAUUUCUCUCGUGGAGGCUCUAACCGGAUACACGGUAAACCUUACGACGCUGGAUGGUAGAAACUUAACCAUACCCAUCAACAGUGUCAUCCAUCCAGAUUACGAGGAGGUCGUCCCAAGGGAAGGGAUGCCGCUUCCAAAGGAUCCGUCAAAGAAAGGAAACUUGAGGAUUAAAUUCAACAUCAAGUUCCCAAGUCGGCUCAGCGCCGACCAGAAAUCUGGAAUCAAGAAACUCCUGGCUGGUUGAAGCAUUCCGUACUUGGCAGUCCAGCGGCUUUAGUUUAUGAAAAUGUACAUUAGUUACAACAAUCUUGAGAGGAGGCAAAUGGAAAUAAUUUGGUUUGGUUGGUUAUCAUCAUAUAUGUAUUCUGGAAUUUGGAACAUAGUAUAGUGAUUGAAAUUUUUUGUUA